AUGUCUGCCUCUUCUAUCAACCGUUCUCUGUCUACUGUAAGAACUGAGCUUGAGUUCCUCCGCGAGUCUGAUGUGAUAACCGAGAACUCGUACAGGGACAUUUUGUCUGCGCUGCCUGAACGCUACGACCCUAGCCGUGGCCCACAGCAGCCAUCAGCCACGCAAGGGGAGUUCGUAGAGGCUAUAUACGCUUUCCAAGCGCAGCAGGAUGGAGACCUGAAUUUGCAAGUGGGAGAUAAAGUUGAGGUCUUAGAGAAGCCUUCUCCGGAAUGGUUUAAGGGUAAGUGCAACGGUCGUGUUGGCAUGUUUCCUUCGAACUAUGUGAAGCCAGCCUUCUCUGGCUCUACCACAACUGAGCGUCCUGUUGUUCCACCACCCCCACAGUACCAGUCGCAGCAGCUUGUCCCUCAGCAGACGAAUGCGAGCGCGCAGUCAGCCUACUCGCAACCACCCUUUCCUCCUUCAUCAACAAACUACUACCAACCUCCGCCACAGCAAUACCCACAGCAAUACCCACAGCAGCAAUACUAUCAAGCGCAACAGGCGCCAGUUGCAGCACCUGUUGCAGCGCCUGCUGCACAACAGGGCCACAGCUCUCAGGCCAGUAGUGCGUUCAAAAAGUUUGGCGGUAAAUUAGGAAAUGCUGCGGUAUUCGGUGCUGGUGCUACAAUUGGCUCUGAUAUCGUGAAUAGCAUCUUCUAG